CGAAUCGAAUUUAGUCGCAAAGUAGACGUCGUGGUGUGUUGUUCACUCCGUGUCUACUCUCGUAAUCCCAAUUCGAUUCUCAGUCGGUUUUUCGCGCGUCGCGCGUGCUUUAUUACUUUUUACCUCUGGAACUGCACACCAUUCAGUGGUUUGAUAACAUAAACAAGACAUAAUCACCUUGGAUACAUUAAGAUUUAAUAAAUUUUCCAAUAUAAAACAGAUUAAUUGAAAUCUCGAAAAUGACUGAAAUAACAGAAGAACAAGUCGUAAUGACGCCGCGAGGUAAAACCUCAAACUCCACAACGUUACUCAUUGAAAGAAGAGCAAUCAAAGCAACAAAUGAUAAGAUGCACGUCGCUGGCGGCGAACAUACAGGCAUCGUCAUCAAUAAAGAAACAGUACAAGACGUUAAAGAUGAAACACUGCCCGAAUUAAGCCUCGAAUUUCGUGUGUUUUUGGUGAGCGGUCAAACCGGCAAGCACACGCAGGAAUCUCGCACGUUGCGAUUCUGGUUCCGGGAUGUUCCGCAUCAAAACGGCCACAUUAAUGGCACGAACGGUAUUAAUGGCGCCACAAACGGUUACACCAAUGGCGAUAGUCAUCAUAAUGCAAGUUCGGCCUCUGUUGCUCAAGAUUUCUUCAGGGAAUUGGUUUCGCCCCAAGAGUUUCCACGAGAUUACGUUGGAUUCAUUAAAAAGAUAAUGAAACAGAUGCAGCAUGGCUACAAAAGCAUCCUGAAAGUCGAAAUUGUUCUUAAACAAUUGGAGGAAGUCGUUGAAGUCGCACGACCACCUCGACCUGGUUAUCUUCAUGUACAACUAAGUUCUUCCUCUCUGUAUUCUACAGUCUCUGGUGAUGAGAACUCUAUCGGUAACGUCGUUCUUCUCUCUGUGGAGAAAGUCCUCGAGCUUAUUGAAUCGGCCUAUCCAAAUCCGAUUACUCUUCAUGAUCUUGCAAAAGAUAAUAAUUGGGACGAUGAAGAAGUCGCUCAUCAUCUGGCUGAGUUGCAAUCCCGUGGGCUGGUGAAGGCGAUGGAUCACGGUGCCUUCACGCGCCAGCAAUCGAUGGACACGCAGGUGACGGUCGUCAAGCAGAUGCCGACAAUGGCGAGCAGCAAACAGCCGACGAUUGCCAUUAUUACAGCGCAAUACUGUGAAAAACUCGCCGUGGACGCCAUGAUUGAGAAUAAGGAGACAUUUGUACGCUACACCACUGUUGGUGCUACUAGUCCGACAACCGAUGGUCCACAAACCAAGUUUGGUGAGUCGAAUGUGUACACGAUGGGAAACAUUGGCGCGCAUCGCAUUGUUUGCACCAAACUUCCAUCGGUAGGACAUACGAGGGAGGCGAUGACUGCAGCGGGAAAUACUACUACUCGUCUGUUGGGAACCUUCCAAAAAGUUGAUUAUGUCUUUUUGGUUGGUGUAGCUGGUGGCGUACCACAUUAUACCGAUUAUAAUAAACACGUUCGGCUUGGUGAUGUUGUCGUUUCAUAUCCUUAUAAGAAUAACAAACACGUUUAUGUCUACUGCGACAGUGCAAAUAAAACCGAAACCGGAUAUGAUUUUGAAGUAAAACCUUACGGUCCCUCCAACUUGAAUCUUCAAGAAAUAGCUGCGAAUUUAAAAAUGGAGGCAGAAACUCAAAACGCACCAAGAUGGAACGAAUAUCUUCAAACUGGCCUAGCGAAUCUCGAAAAUGUCGAAACCGACUACAAAGCACCUCCACCAGAAACAGACAAGCUAUACAUGUCUAUCGGUGAAGGUGACCUCAUUGAAGUAGCUCAUCCACAGCCAGCAAAAACAGACGCUCCUAGACUAGAAGGCUGCCCGAAAGUACAUCUUGCUAUGAUCGGUUCAGGACGACGAGUUGUAAAGUCCGAUCAACUCAGGCAACAGUUUGCCGCACAGUUCGGAGCAUUGGCUUUCGAUUGCGAGUUUGACACUGUAAUUGAAUCCGUUUUGGGUAACUGCAAAGAUAGUUUCGUUUGCAUUCGCGGUAUUUCUGAUUACAAAGAUGGUACACGACGCAAAGAAUGGCAGCCGUAUGCGAGUUUAGCGGCCGCUAGUGUUAUGAAAGCGAUUAUUUGUGGCAUGGAUCCACCGACCAAUUAGAAACGAAAUUCACAUCGAAUAAACUAAACUAAUCUUCAUUGAUAGUGAUCACUCGAGUGGUGAAUAGAUUUCCAAGGCCAUUUAUCUCAUACAAUGCUAAGAACCUAGUACAAAACGUAUGAAAAAAUCUAAGAGAAUUAGUUACCAAGCACUAAAACAUAGUAAAUUAAUUCAAAAACUUCUGAAUUUCAACUGUGAUUUCUUCCAAACAUUGAGAAAUGUUGAUCAGAUUUUAUUCAAUUGAAUAUCAUGAAUCUUUCUAUCGAAUUUUGACUGAACAAAAUUAAUUUUGCAUUUAUCAAUAUUGUCUAGUCGUUUUCAAUGAAUUAUGUUUAAACUUAAAUUGGAAAUGAUUUGUGUUUUUGAUUGGAAAUAUAUAUUUUUUGUUUUACUUGCCAUUAUUAUGAAAAUGUAGUCAUCGAAUGCCAAAAUUACGUUUAAUUAAGAAUCGAAUUGCAUUUUUAUUUGUGACGGCCUAAUUUAAGUGAUGAAAUAAUAACAAAUUCCUAAGUUUGAUGGGUAAAAGUAAGAAUCGUGCGUUUGUUUUGUAAUUAUUUAUUGAAGUACUAUAUUUAUUGUAAAAUAAAAGAUAGAGCAAUCUCUAAUAACAAAUGUAUAAGUUAUUAUAUUAAAAUAUUAUUAAUAGUAAAUCUUAUAAAA